AUGGCAGCAGGCACAGCUGCUCCUGGGCUCACUGGAGAUGGACGCAGUGCAGGCAGAUGUGGUGGUCUACAACACCUUGAUGAGUGCAUGCUCCCGCGCCGCGGUGUGGAAGCAAGUGCUCGCGGUUCUAGAGUCCAUGGAGAAGAAGAGAGUCCAGAGCGAUUUGAUUACGUGGAGCUUGAGUCUCACCGCGUGUGCCAAAGCGCAACAAUGGCCCUGUGCCAGCUGGAGAGGAGAACAUCUUCCAACUCCCAAAAGAGGGAGGUCCCUAUGACCCCGCUACGCGGAUGUGCAAACACGUGGAGGAUCUAUAGCGCCGCGAUCAGCGCCUGUGGAAAGGGGCAGCAAUGGCAGCAGGCGAUAUUCCUCAUUGCACGACUGCAGGAUCAACAACUUGAAGCAGAUGUAGUAGCCUAUAGUGCGACCAUGAGUGGUUGUGCAAAGGCAGGACAGUGGCAGCAGGCAUUGCUUUGUCUAGAUGCUCUCCGCGGACAGCAACUGCUCCCAGACCUCGCCAUGCUCUCUGCUGUGACCAACGCCUUGGGGAAGGGCCAGGAGUGGACUCAGGCCCUCGCGUGGCUCGCCUCCACCGCGGUGAACCGCUACGGCGCCUCCGCGGUGAUCAGCGCCGGGACGCCCUGGCAACGGUCCUUGAGCUUCGGCCACAUCGCUGGGGCGCAGAACGCAAUCUUGGCCUCCUGUGGCCAACAGCGCCACUGGCGUUGGGCACUGGACGCACUGGAGAGGUCGCAGCGACAAAAUGGAGAGGUGGAUGCCGUCACAGGCAACAGUUUGGUUGGCGCUUGCACGGGUUGGCCCGAGGCAUUCUGGUACCUUGCCAGCUUUCCUUGGCCCCAAAAGCAAGCGGACGUGAAGGCAUACACUGCAGCCUUGGAAGCUUCGUUGAUGACUGACCAAGAUGAGGCUAAGGAUGAGGAUAAGGAUCUGCCCGAGCAUGUGGAGUGCCCGAGGGUGUCGCACUCGUGGCCUCGAGCGAUGGAUCUCCUCUGUCUGCUGAGGCAACGACAGGUGGAGGCGAACCUGAGAGUUUGGACCAAGCUUCUGAGCGUCCCGGCGCUUUGGCGCACCACCCUGGCGCUGCUGCACGUGGACGACGACGUCGGCUCUGCUGCGGAGGCUCAACUGAGGCCCCUGGCGGCCCGCAACCGGCCCUGGCAGAUCGCUGUCGGGCUGGUCCACCUCCCACAGCCUGCGAUGCUUGAGCACGAGAUGCUUGAGCUGGCAGCCUGCAACGCGGCCAUCAGAAGCUGUGCCGAUGCGUCUGCCUGGCCAUGUGCCCUGGAGCUCCUCGAGCGUUGGCGAAGUCGAGCAGAUCUGUGGACCUACAGUUCAACGAUCGUGGCGUGCGGAAGGGGCGACCAAUGGCAGCACUCCAUGGCUGUUCUGUCGAGGAUGGAGGAGGUGCGCCUCAGCGCCGACUUGAUUGCCAUGAGCGCCACCAUCAGCAGCUGUGCAGCAGCGGCACAGUGGCAACGGGCGCUCAGGUACCUUGUAGAGCUACCACAGGCCAAGCUGGAGGCAGAUGCAAUGACCUACCAUGCAGUGACCAGUGCCCUUGUGAAGGGUGAGAGCUUGGAGCUCGCGAUGAAGCUGUUGGAGCAAAUGAGCAGUGCCAGCAUGGCCAAUGAGUCCUGGAAGACACGCGACGAGACAUGUGCCAAGGAGGUCACCUAUUCCAGAGUCAUCCACCUGACCGUUUCACGAGAAGACGAUGAGGACAAAGCCGACAAGUUCGGGAGCCCAGGACAAGCCGAAGGCCAACGACCCGUGUGGGCAACGGACCAGCGGAAUGGUCAGAGGAUCGAGGUGACACCCACCUACUCCGUGGCGGUGCACGGCCGCCGCGCCGUGGCCGCCGCGCUGGGCGCGUCGGCACCGCUGCGGAGGCCCUCCGCUUCCCGCACCGCUGGAACCGCCGUGCUGGGCUCCGCCUCUUCCUCCGCUCCGCCGGGUCUCGUCGAGGCGCUGGCCCAAGCGGGGCUCGGAGGAACCGCCGCGUCGGAGGCGGCACUGCGGCAUGUGGCGGAGCGGCGGGCGGAGGAGCUGGUGGAGCAUUUGGAGGAAGUGGUGGGAGAGGGGAAGUUGCUGGAUGCAGGAUGGCUGCAGAUGGGUAAGGAGGAGAUUCGGAAGAAGCUGGCAGAGAUUUUUACUGGAUAUUUGCUUGAAAUUCAUCAGAUUGUACAGGUCUCUGACGUCUUCAACGACCUCAGCGUCCCCUGCCGCACCUGGCGUCGCCCCUGGGCCGACGCCCUCGUCGCGGCGCAUCACGCGCGACAGCUGUGGGCACCACACCUGGCAGUGGCGCAGGACUUCAGCCAGUUGAACGCUCUGGGCCUCGGGUGCAUCGUUCUGGAUGGCAUGGUGCCACCUCAGCUGGCUGCGGAUGCUCACGCGGAGCUGGAGCAAAUGGCCCAAGAUGGGAAGCUGAGCGACUUCUCGCAAAGUACCUGCAACCCGGGCUCCCGGCACUUAUGGCUCCGUUUUGCCGGACCCGGCAGCGACGGUGACGGCCUGGUACCUCCGGCGCUGGCGACGCUGGGAGAUGCCUUGGCGGGGCUGCCAGGGGCUUUGGAGGAACGGGCUCGCGAGGUGCAGUUGAGUUCUCCUCGACUUCGUAUCGUGCCGAACUUGAUGGCUGCCACCUACGGACCGGGAAGCCAUUAUGUGCCGCACAAGGACAUGUACAGCGGUGGCAGCUGUGGAUUUGAGAACACUCGGAUGCUCACCAUCUUGUGUUACCUCAAUCCUCACUGGCGCCCGGGCGACGGAGGAGAGCUCCGCGUCUUCAACACCUUGCGAGAAGCUCCUGCAUCGCCUGUGCCCUCGGCGACGCGUAAAUGA